UGAGUAGAUGCAAGGAGCCUGGAAGGGCAGCAAGGUGGGAAGGGACGGGCCCGAAAAAUGCUCAUCUUCAGCACCGAGCAAAUCUCCGAAUUAUGGACUUGUCCUUGCGUACGCCCUUUUAUCCUGACACAGUCCGGUGAUGCGAUCACUCGUGGACACAUUGAAGGUGCAAGGUGAUGAAAACUGGGGAUGGGAAUGACAACCCACGGGCUAGAGCGGCACCAUCCAGGCAACUUGCGUGAUAAGAAAAUCUCCGAGGAGUUUCGUUAUCCGACCAGUCCACCUAGUGAUAGGCCAGGCCAGUUCAUGCAAUAUAUUAGGUCAAUUCGAGUCAUGAAGGAAGACUGGAUUAGUCCCGACCACAGUCGCGGCAUAGUUAGUUAUCUAACCAUCCUUAUUAAUGAGGGCGCGAUGCUGGGUAAUCCGGAUGUUUCCUGCAAUCAAUUUGCAAGUCGAGGCCGCGCGGUACAAGGAUUAACCAUUAGUAUUACUGUCAACCCCAUUAAUAAUGUUCGACAAUGUCGAUCUGUUUCUUUCGUAGACAUCCUAUUACUAUCUUUCGACUUUUCCGACAACACACCGCGAGAUGCUAAUCAAGGCCCAUCUCGCCCAAUGAUUGUGUGGCCGAGGAGGGGAUCCCGGAAAGUUAAGAGACCCCCCCAUACACGACGAAGACUCACCACCGGUGGGUUAAUGAGGAUCACGAACAAUGAACCUCGGAUGAACAGGGUAAAUGUACAUCGGAUGCAUUCUUGCUGGUGUUGUACUAGGCUGCACUCUGUGUAAUUAAGUAUGACCACUUGGAGCCGUCAUCAUCCUCGUCAUUGAUAACCAGAUACCUUCUCGAUCAGGAAGGCCGAUGGGUUUCCAAGGCGGUUCAGGAUCGAAGGAAUUUGGUUGCGGCCUCUGCACGAAUGAACGUGCAUA